AUGCUCGCCUCCCUCACCACCCUCACCCUCCUCGCCCUCGCCAGCGCCUCCCCCCUCAAGCGCACCACCACCACCACCAGCCCCGCGCUCUCCCGCGCCAAAGCCUACAACCUCCAAGUACAACUCCUCGACCCGUCCAAAGACCUGACCCCCUCCAUCGCGGGCCACUACAUCGGCACCGCGCACGUCGGCGCCGGCCAGAACAUCGCCAUCAUCGGUAGCGCCACCGACGCCGGCGCCGCCCCCUUCUACACGAACGGCACCUCUGACGCCGCCGCCAGCGACGUGCUCAACGAUCUCGGCACGUCGUUCCCCUGGGGCAUCAACGUGCUCGCCAAGGACGCGUCCGACGCAACGUACCCCGGCGAGCACGGCGUCAGCGUCAACGUCGGCGGCGGCAGCCUCGGCGUCGGCGUCGUGAGGCAGGGCGGCGGUAAUGAUGCGGGGAGCGUGGUGCUGGGGGGUCCCGCGCCCGGCGGCUGGGCGGCCUGCGAGAGGUUCGUGGGCUACACGCGGUCGAACAUGACGGUCGUGCGCUACGUGUACGAGGGCGAGAGCGCGCCGGCGGACUGUGUGGGGAUCAGCUUCAGGCCGCUGUGCGCGGCGUUGCCGGAUCUGCCGGCGGGCUCGGAGUGGACGCAUGAGUUUGUGCAGGAGGUGGACUGUGUUGUGCCGGCGCAGUAA